CGUACUAGUUGCAGCGCGCAUGCGCAUACCGGUCCAAGUGCGGCCUACACUUUCCCCAUUGCGCUUUACGGCAAAGUAAAGCUGCUGGGAGAGUACGGCUGCCUCCCCCCUGAGCGGCGCCGUUCGGGGGUCUAUACAGCUGGACGCUUGUUAUAGCCAAACCAUGGAGGCCGAUUAUUACAGCCCAGAGCACUCAGACGAUGGUGGUGCUACCCCAGUACAGGAUGAGCGGGACUCUGGAUCUGAUGAUGAGGGAAACAAUCAUGAGCGGCAUGGGUCAGAUGGUGAAAGUCCAGCACACCGCUAUGAGAAUGACAAUAGUGAUGCAGAGGAAGAUACAAAAGGCAGAGGUAGCGUGUCAGAAAACGAAGUAAAUGAUUCAGAUGAUGAUGUGCGCAGGGGGCGCAACUCCAGUGAUGUGGAGAAUGAUAGUUUUAAUCACAAUGCCAGUGACUCAGAGACUGAAGGAGCCCAUAAUCAUGUUGCCAGUGAUUCAGAAGAUGAGGCACCCAGACAAAAAGACAGUGACGAUGAUGGUAUUCCUGUUAAAGGUGUAGCCAGUGACUCUGAAGAAGAUGUUCGAUCUAGACAUUCGGCAAGUGAUUCUGAUGAGCAUAGGCCUAAUAAAAUACAUGGUAACGAUUCUGAAGAUGAAGUGCUAUGUAAAGAAGGAGGCAGUGACUCUGAAAAUGAAGUUCAAGCCAACCAUAUUAAUAGUGACUCAGAAGAUGAGGCUCCUGCCAAGCAUGCAGACAGUGACUCGGAAGAUGAGCCUCCAGUCAAUCGUGUGGCCAGUGACUCAGAGGAUGAAGCUCCUGCCAAGCGUGUGGCCAGUGACUCUGAAGAUGAGGCGCCUGCCAAGCGUGUGGCCAGUGACUCUGAAGAUGAGGCGCCUGCCGAGCGUGUGGCCAGUGACUCUGAAGAUGAGGCGCCUGCAGAGCGUGUGGCCAGUGACUCGGAAAAUGAGGCUUCCGCCAAGUGUGUGGCCAGUGACUCGGAAGGCGAGGCUCCCGCCAAGCGUGCGGCCAGUGACUCGGAAGACGAAGCUCCCGCCAAGCGUGCGGCCAGUGACUCGGAAGACGAAGCUCCCGCCAAGCGUGCGGCCAGUGACUCAGAAGACGAAGCUCCCGCCAAGCGUGCGGCCAGUGACUCGGAAGACGAAGCUCCCGCCAAGCGUGCGGCCAGUGACUCGGAAGACGAAGCUCCCGCCAAGCGAGCGGCCAGUGACUCGGAAGACGAAGCUCCUGCCAAGCGAGCGGCCAGUGACUCGGAAGACGAAGCUCCUGCCAAGCGAGCGGCCAGUGACUCUGAAGACGAAGCUCCGGCCAAGCGAGCGGCCAGUGACUCGGAAGACGAAGCUCCGGCCAAGCGAGCGGCCAGUGACUCGGAAGACGAAGCUCCUGCCAAGCGAGCGGCCAGUGACUCGGAAGACGAAGCUCCUGCCAAGCGAGUGGCCAGUGACUCGGAAGACGAAGCUCCUGCCAAGCGAGCGGCCAGUGACUCGGAAGACGAAGCUCCUGCCAAGCGAGCGGCCAGUGACUCGGAAGACGAAGCUCCUGCCAAGCGAGCGGCCAGUGACUCGGAAGACGAAGCUCCUGCCAAGCGAGCGGCCAGUGACUCGGAAGACGAAGCUCCUGCCAAGCGAGCGGCCAGUGACUCGGAAGACGAAGCUCCUGCCAAGCGAGCGGCCAGUGACUCGGAAGACGAAGCUCCUGCCAAGCGAGCGGCCAGUGACUCGGAAGACGAAGCUCCUGCCAAGCGAGCGGCCAGUGACUCGGAAGACGAAGCUCCUGCCAAGCGAGCGGCCAGUGACUCGGAAGACGAAGCUCCUGCCAAGCGAGCGGCCAGUGACUCGGAAGACGACGCUCCUGCCAAGCGAGCGGCCAGUGACUCGGAAGACGAAGCUCCUGCCAAGCGAGCGGCCAGUGACUCGGAAGACGAAGCUCCUGCCAAGCGAGCGGCCAGUGACUCGGAAGACGAAGCUCCUGCCAAGCGAGCGGCCAGUGACUCGGAAGACGAAGCUCCUGCCAAGCGAGCGGCCAGUGACUCGGAAGAUGAGACUCCUGUUAAGCGCACUGCUAAACGAUCCAACAGUGUAUUGGAUAAAAACAACAAACGAGGAGCCAGUGCCUCAGGGGAUGAAGCCCCCACUAAGGGAACGGUUGUUGACUCAGAGGAUGAGCACCCAUCUAAACCAGUGCACAGUGACUCUGAAGAUGAUAUGCCUGCUAAUCAAGAAGCCAACAAUUCAGAGGAUGAAUUUCCAAGAAUGAAAAGAAAAAUUUUGUCCGAUGAUAGUGAUGAUGAAGAGGAAAAAAAACCAGUAAAGAGAAAGAAGUCGCAACGACGCACCUCAGAGAGUGAUGAUAGUGAGAGCGAGAGUAUGAAAAAGGGAAAAGCUUCAGACAGUGAAGAAGGUGACAAGAAGUUGACCAAAAGAAAAACGAUUCUUUCUGAUAGUGAGGAUGAGGAGACUGUUGAGAAGCCAGGCAGUAAAAAGAGCCGGAUCCUGUCAGAUGGGGAUGACUCUGACAGUGAUGUGACCUCCAAGAAAACUCCAAAGAGAAAGACUGUGUCAUCUGACAGUGAAGGAGAAGAUGGGGAGAAAACAAAGGAAGAACCAAAGAACGCAGAAACAAAGCUGUUUGGUAGUGACAGUGAAUCUGGAAAUGAGGAGGAAAAUCUAAUUGCAGAUAUUUUCGGAGAAUCUGGUGAUGAAGAGGAGGAGGAAUUUACGGGUUUUAACCAAGAAGAUUUGGAAGGAGAAAAGACAACGGCCUUAAAACAAGCAGUCGCUGCAGAUUCAGACUCUGAUGUUGAUGUGAAUUCUGGUAAAAUGACCGAUUUCAAAUCGGACUUCGAAAUAAUGUUAGAGAGGAAGAAGAACAUGAGCGGUAAACGGCGGAGGAACCGGGAUGGGGGCACUUUCAUAAGCGACGCAGAUGAUGUAGUAAAUGCUAUGAUUAUGAAGAUGACUGAAGCAGCAGAGGAGGAUAGGAACCUCAACUCCACCAAGAAACCAGCACUGAAGAAGUUAACCCUCCUCCCCACUGUAGUAAUGCAUCUCAAAAAACAAGAUUUGAAAGAAACCUUCAUUGACAGUGGUGUUAUGUCUGCAAUUAAAGAGUGGCUCACUCCUCUCCCUGAUCGAAGCUUGCCAGCUCUAAAAAUAAGGGAGGAACUACUGAAGAUACUACAAGAGCUGCCCAGCGUGAGCCAGGAGACUUUAAAACACAGCGGCAUUGGCAGAGCGGUUAUGUAUUUAUACAAACACCCCAAAGAGUCCCGACCCAACAAGGAUGUUGCUGGCAAGCUUAUUAAUGAGUGGUCACGACCUAUUUUUGGAUUGAGCUCCAACUUUAAGGGGAUGACCAGAGAGGAGAGAGAGCAGAGGGAUCUGGAGCAGAUGCCACAACGCAGAAGACUGAGCAGUUCGGGAGGACAGACACCACGCAGGGACCUGGAGAAAGUGCUGACAGGAGAAGAGAAGGCAUUACGACCAGGUGACCCAGGUUUCUGUGCCCGCGCUCGUGUUCCCCUGCCUUCCAACAAAGAUUAUGUGGUCCGUCCAAAGUGGAAUGUGGAAAUGGAAUCCUCGCGGUACCAGGGAGGCGCAAAGAAAGGUGUGAGCCGAUUGGACAAACAGAUGAGGAAGUUCACAGACAUCCGGAAGAAAAGCCGUUCUUCCCAUGCUGUUAAGAUCAGCAUAGAGGGAAAUAAGAUGCCAUUGUGAUGUGCACUUCUCCUACCACAGCAUCCAGAUAGUGAUUGGCCUCUUAAUGAACUUGUCCUGUUGCUGGAAUUUAAUUGGACUCUUAUGAGCCUUUUGCAAUAGUUUUAAUGUUUUUUUUUUUUUUUUUUUUUUUUUCCCCCCUGUAAAUGUGUUCUAUGCCUUGCAGGAGACCUUGGCCUCUCCUGCUUACGGAGUAUAAUUCCUCUCACUAGCCCUUUUUGGGCUUUAUUUAAUGCUGUUGUUUGUACAGAUCAAUUUCUCUUCGUACCUCAGUGUCUGGAUUUUGGACAAUAAAAUUCUAUCUUGGUUUUUCUAA